UUCUUCUUCUUCUUCUUCUUUAAUUUUUUGGUUUUCUUUUAUGUUUCUCGAUUUUUAUUGUAUUUCCUAUUUUUCAAAAGAUACGUAAAUAUAGUUGUGCACAGCUGGCGAGCGUGCGGAUGCAGUUGGUCCAGAAUAUACGCUAGAGCAUCCAGUAAUUGCCUUAUAGAGCAACAUUCUCUGUAACAAGAAUAAAGAAGAAAACAACUUGUCUGAACCCCUAAUUGACAUCUCUUCCAUGCACACAUGCGUGCCUUCCUCGUGGGCAUUUCAUUCCCUCCUUCCCCUGUGCACCAUCCCACGGGUCCGCAUAUAAAUACUCUGGACUGGAGCACGCGCUAAUCUGCAAUCACUCGUCAAGUAGGCAGCAAAACCGGCCGCCGGUCGCUUGACUUGUCAAACACACGUACGGCUCGGAUGGAUGGCCGCGCUAGCGUCGCCGUCCCCAGCGUCUGCAUCCAAAUCCCCGACCAGCUCCAGCUGCGGACGACGCCGUUCGAGCCGCAGAAGGCCAUACUGACCCCACGCAUCCGCUCCGGCGUCGACGGCUGCGACGCGGCGCCGCCGGAGCACCGGCUCACCGUGCUGGCCAUGCAGCUCGCGGUCCUGGAGAAGGCCGUGAGCCGCCUCGGCACGUUGGCCUUCGUCUGGGCCACGGUGGUCCUGCUCGGCGGCUUCGCCAUCACGCUCAGCCGCACCGACUUCUGGUGCAUCACCGUGCUGCUGCUCACCGAGGGCGCCCGCAUCCAGGGCCGCAGCCACGAGCUGCAGUGGCAGCAGAGGGUCACGCCCUGGUGGUGUUGCCCGCCCGUGUCGCGCGCCGCCGCCGUCCACGUCUUCCACUGGCUUCAGCUGCUGUCCGCGUCGGUGUGCGUCACCGUCUCGCUCGUCCGCCUCGUCACCCAGCGCCACGGCGGCGACGGCGCCGACCUCUCCACCAACCGCCAUGCCGCUCUCGACAUAUUCUACGGCCUCGCGCUGGUGGAGUCGCUCUUGUUCCUCGUCGAGAAGGCCCUGUGGCAGUGGAGGAUGGGGCACCACCGCCUCCUCGAGCGCGUCGCCAAGGAGUGCCACCUCGCCACCGCGUGUGGCCUGGUCGCCGUCCGCCGCUUCUUCUACCGCUCUUACUCCCGGAGCCUGAAUGGGAGCAUCUUCGACAGCCUGCACAUGGACCUCGUGUUCUACGCCGACGAGAUGCUCACGGCCGGCUCGCACGACGAGCAGAGCCUCGGGGCCGGCAUCCUCGUCGCUCUCGCCGAGUCCCACCGCUUCGCGGACUCCACGCUCCGCAAGAUCGGCAUGUCCGCCUCCACCAUCGAGCGGCUCGUCCAGAUGCUCAGCUGGAAGAGCACGUCCGAGAGGGACGCGCGCAGAUCGGCCGCGGUUGUCGUCUCCAUGCUCACCGGGAGGAAGUUCGUCGCCCUCCGCGUCACCAGCAUCCCUGAGGCGGUGGAGUCCGUCGCUUCGUUGCUGUACGCCGACCUCGACGAGCUCAACCUCCUCGGCUUCUCCAUCCUCAAUAAGCUGGCGUACGACCAUGAUAACUGCGACAAGAUCGGCAAGACCCGGAAUCUCGUCGACAAGAUCAUUUCAUACUGCAGCAUCACUGGCGGGGGACAGGCGGUAGCGCCGACGGACAUGCGGUUGAAGGCGGUGAAGCAGUCGCUCCUUGUGGUGAAGAGGCUGACGAGCAUGACGGGAACCACCGGGAAGCUUCUACGGAGGGAGCUCUCAGACAUCGUGUUCACCGUGAGCAACCUCAGGGAGGUGCUGGAGCAGCGUGACAGAAAGGUCCAGUCCGAGCUGCACCAGCUGGCGAUCGAGGUACUGACGAGCCUCGCCAUUGACAAGGAGGCGAGGGAGAAG